AUGGCGCCAUUUACACGGGUACAGGUUGAAAAAUGUGAGAAGUGUUUGCUCUAUUAUCCUUGUAAAACUGUUCAUCAAUGUGUGCCUGUGGCUACUGCUACUGAGGAUCCUAAAAAAUUUAGAAAAAUUUUACCGGCCAAGUCCACUAAAAAUAAAGUAUUAUCAAGUGAUGAUGAUGGAGUUAAUAAAGUAAAUGAUUUCAAUUCAACUUCAUGUUUAAUAAGUGCUAUUAAGGUUCGUCGUCCAUUGUUUGAUCAUAAAAUAUCUUCAUCCGAAAGGUCUGAAUUAGUUAAAAACAAACUAUGGAAGGAAGUAUAUACUGAACUACAAGGUGAAUUUACUAUAAAUGAAUUAAAAAAAAAAUGGAAAUAUCUAAAAGAGAAGUAUGUACGUGUAAGACAACAACAAAUAAAAAGUGGGAAAAAUAAAAGAGGUAUUAAAAAAAAAUGGUUGCAUUAUGCUCAACUGUCAUUCUUGGAAGAAGUUCUAACACAUUAUCAUUACAAAAAGACAACUAGUAUUUUAGAUUCAAAUUUAGACAACUAUUCUGACGACUCUCCUCAAAGUUUAACUACUGCUAAAGAGCAAAAAAUAAAAGAAAAAAAUGACCAUAACUUCCGAAGACACUUGCUAAAUGAGAAUAAAAUUCCAAGCCCUACAGAACUAAAUGAGGAUCCAAUUGAUCCUGCUGAUGUUGCUUUUGGAAAAUACUUAGUAGCAUUGAUGAAAGAUUUACCUAAAGAAAAGAGAAAAAUGUUCCAAAGUCAGAUUAUAGCAUAUGUUAUUAGUGCUCAGGAAUCAGAGUGA